CGGACACGCGCGUACACGUUUUGUGGAGGAAAGCUGAUUUGUUGAAUGGUAAGAUGGAGCUGGUAGUGAUCAGUGAGAGGACCUGGAAGUUCUGCAGAAACAGGAAACUUACUUGAGAAGCAGAACAGUUUAAACCUGCCCUGAUUAAGAUAAGCACCUCUGAUUUGGCUGUAGAAGAGAAGACCUGGAGAAGAAAGUCCUGCCAGGACAUGUGAUAUGCCAGGGACUAUGGGAUGUUCCAUCCCGUGUCUUGUGCCUGGUGUGGGCUGUGGCAGGACCACGGAGGUUUCAGCUGCAUAGCUCUGUCACGGCUGUACAGCACCCCUGAGACCAGGCUAAUUCUGCUGGGAGGACUUCAGAGAAAGGUCUGAAGAAAACCACUGCCUGGGAGGCCCCUGGCGUUGUAAGUGCUUUUUGCACACAGUCUGCUGCAGCUGGCCAAGUGCUGCAUCUCUACUUUGAAGGACUGGGAUCUAAAGUAGCUCCAGUUCAGCUUCAGCUUUGGUGCAGCUUCCAUUUGGAAAUCUCCAGUCUGCCCUGUGACUGAGACCUCAGCUGGAUGCUUUUCUACUCCUUCUCAUCUUACCUCAACACCUCAAGACAUCUCCUUCAAAAUCAUUUGUCAUUUGAGCUCUGCUGUGUGACAGAUGCAGGGGCUUUAAUCCAGGAUGAAUGAAUGCUACUAUGACAAGCGCAUGGACUUUUUCUACAACAGGACCAAGACGGACACAGCGGAUGAGUGGACAGGACCACAGCUCAUUGGUGUUCUAUGCUUUGGGACAUUUUUCUGCCUCUUCAUUUUUAUUUCAAAUUCAUUGGUCAUAGCAGCUGUGGUGAAGAACAAGAAGUUUCAUUUUCCCUUUUACUAUCUUCUGGCUAACUUAGCAGCUGCAGACUUUUUUGCUGGAAUUGCCUAUGUCUUCUUGAUGUUCAACACCGGCCCGGUGUCCAAGACAUUGACAGUUAACCGCUGGUUUUUGCGUCAGGGUCUCCUGGACACCAGCCUGACAGCAUCCCUGGUGAACCUCCUCGUCAUCGCUGUGGAGCGCCACAUGUCCAUCAUGCGGAUGAAGAUCCACAGCAACCUCACCAAGAAGAGAGUCACCUUCUUAAUUAUAUCAAUUUGGGCCAUUGCUAUUUUCAUGGGUGCUGUUCCGACCCUGGGCUGGAACUGCCUCUGUGACAUUACUGUCUGCUCAUCCCUGGCACCCAUUUACAGCAGAAGUUACCUGGUGUUCUGGAGUGUCUUAAACCUGGUUGUCUUCUUCAUUAUGGUGGUGGUUUACAUAAGAAUCUACAUGUAUGUCCAGAGGAAAACCAAUGUCUUGUCAUCACACACUAGCGGGUCCAUUAGCCGGAGGAGGACCCCUGUGAAACUUAUGAAGACUGUCAUGACUGUCUUAGGUGCCUUUGUUGUCUGCUGGACCCCUGGCCUGGUCGUUUUAUUGCUUGAUGGCCUGAACUGCACUGACUGUGGGAUUCAGAAUGUUAAAAGGUGGUUUCUUCUCCUGGCCCUGCUGAACUCUGUCAUGAAUCCAAUAAUUUAUUCGUACAAAGAUGAUGAGAUGUGGGCUACCAUGAAAAGGAUGAUUUGCUGCUCCUCUGAGGAUAAGAGCCAGGACAGACGCUCAUCUCGGAUCCCCUCAACAGUUCUCUGCAGGAGCACGGAUAUCUCAGGCCACUACAUUGAAGAUGGCAUCAUUCAAGGGACAAUUUGUGGAAAAGGAGAUCUUGGCGACAAAGGAAACUCCUGAGCGAUGCAAGGGACUGACUUGGCUGGAAAAGGAGAGGGGGAAGGGAGAGGUUUUGUAAGAGGAGAUUGACUGGCAAAGCUAGUAAACAAUAUAUCCACUUUGUUCCAGAGCCUCAACUCCAGUGUUAACAAAAGUUCUUAUAAAUAAUUGCCCGAUGGAAAAACACUUUGUAAUGAAGAAAACUUUCUGUGCUGCCAUCCUUUUUGUCUUUCAAGUACAUGAAAUUGUUUUUUCAUGUGAAUGGAAUAAAUACCUCUCGGAGAAUUCUUGUGCAUGGAACGAAAAUGUAAGCAAUGUGGAGAGACCCUCCUCAAGAUCCUACAGAGAGAAGAAAUCUGCCUGACUGUGCAGGUUUGGCAUUCAUUGAGUAUUUACGCUUUAAAUAGUUUCUGUGCAUCUUGAGGAGGAUUGUAGGUUUGGUUGGACAGAAUUGUGACCAGUUUUCUUGGUUCGUGAAGUUCAUGAAAUAGUUCAUGCUUACUUUUUCUCUUCCUCCCCCUUAUCUUGCUUUCAAAAUAGGUAGAUUGAUUAUUAAAGCGAUGCCAGAAACCUGGCUGUGA